CACAGACUCUAUUUUCACUUGGUGACUGAAGCAAUGGGAGCUGUUUGGGUCGUGCUUAUUUAUGUGCUGACUGUUUGGCUCGCCAAAGGCUCUUGUUUGCCAGUUGGUGGCACAAAUGAAAGAUGUGAUAAUGGGCUGCAGAGGAGAAUAAGAGAUUUGUCUCCCAAUGAGAUCUCCAUAAAGAAGGCCCUUGUCCUUUUCCAGUCAAAGGAGUCCAUGUUGCAGCAAGAUGCUAAAGAAGUAAAACUGGAAAGCAAUGAAGUGGAAGCUAAGGCAUCAAUUGGCCACCAGAAACUUGUACAACGACCCCUGAACAGACCAACAGACAUCAAAACUGAGGAUGACAAUGUACGCAGCAACGUGACGGCCAGCGACAACGCGACUGCAGCCAACAACGUGACGGCCGCCGACAACGCAGCAAGAAGAGUUGCAGCAGUAACAGCCGACAACGCGACGGUGGCCAGCGACAACGCAGCAAGAGCAGCAAGAAAAGUAGCAGCAGCCGCCGACAACGCGACUGCAGCAGCCGCCGACAACGCGACGGCCGCCGACAACGCAGCAAGAAGAGCAAGAGCAGCAAGAAGAGUAGCAGCAGUGCACGACAACGCGACGGUGGCCAGCGACAACGCAGCAAGAAGAGUAGCAGCAGUGCACGACAACGCGACGGCCGCCGACAACGCGACGGCCGCCGACAACGCAGCAAGAAGAGGAGUAGCAGCAGUAGCAGCCGACAACGCGACGGUGGCCAGCGACAACGCGACGGUGGCCAGCGACAACGCGACGGUGGCCAGCGACAACGCGACGGUGGCCAGCGACAACGCGGCAAGAGCAGCAAGAAGAGUAGCAGCAGUGCACGACAACGCGACGGCCAGCGACAACGCAGCAAGAAGAGCAAGAGCAGCAAGAAGAGUAGCAGCAAGAAGAGUAGCAGCAGUGCACGACAACGCGCCGCCGACAACGCGACUGCAGCGGCGCCGACAACGCGACUGCAGCGGCCGCCGACAACGCGACGGCAGCCGACAACGUGACGGCCGCCGACAACGCAGCAAGAAGAGUAGCAGCCGACAACGCGACGGUGGCCAGCGACAACGCGACGGUGGCCAGCGACAACGCGACGGUGGCCAGCGACAACGCAACAAGAGCAGCAAGAAGAGUAGCAGCAGUAGCAGCCGACAACGCGACGGUGGCCAGCGACAACGCGACGGUGGCCAGCGACAACGCAACAAGAGCAGCAAGAAGAGUAGCAGCAGUGCGCGACAACGCGACGGCCAGCGACAACGUGACUGCAGCCGACAACGUGACGGCCGCCGACAACGCAGCAAGAAGAGUAGCAGCAGUGCGCGACAACGCGACGGUGGCCAGCGACAACGCGACGGUGGCCAGCGACAACGCAGCAAGAAGAGCAAGAGCAGCAAGAAGAGUAGCAGCAGUGCGCGACAACGGGACGGCCAGCGACAACGUGACGGCCAGCGACAACGUGACGGCCAGCGACAACGCGACGGCAGCCGACAACGUGACGGCCGCCGACAACGCAGCAAGAAGAGUAGCAGCAGUGCGCGACAACGCGACGGUGGCCAGCGACAACGCAGCAAGAAGAGUAGCAGCAGUGCGCGACAACGCGACGGCCAGCGACAACGCAGCAAGAAGAGCAAGAGCAGCAAGAAGAGCAGCAGCAAGAAGAGUAGCAGCAGUGCGCGACAACGCGACGGCCAGCGACAACGCGACGGCCAGCGACAACGCGACGCCGCCGACAACGCAGCAAGAAGAGUAGCAGCAGUAGCAGCCGACAACGCGACGGUGGCCAGCGACAACGCGACGGUGGCCAGCGACAACGCGACGGUGGCCAGCGACAACGCGGCAAGAGCAGCAAGAAGAGUAGCAGCAGUGCACGACAACGCGACGGCCAGCGACAACGCGACGGCCGCCGACAACGUGACUGCAGCAGCCGCCGACAACGUGACUGCAGCAGCCGCCGACAACGUGACUGCAGCAGCCGCCGACAACGUGACUGCAGCAGCCGCCGACAACGUGACUGCUGCAGCAAGAAAUGCAAGAGCACUAAGAGCAGUAGUGAUAACAAGAGACGACAACGUGACGGCCGCCGGAGCAGCAAGAACCCCAGAACCGAUCACAAACUCCACUGUGAUCACAUGAUUGUCUCACGCGGUCACAUCAAGAGGCAACUGAAAUAUGGGACUAGGUUUGAGGAACCAUGCGAGAGUUAAUUUUGCAUUUAAGAUGUUUCUGCAUGUACCAUUUUUCUGUCUCUGAUUUUUAAAUAAAUCUCAAACUGAU